CGACGCAACGACGCAGACAAUACAAUUAAAAUACGGAAGCACAAUGUUUUUAUGGGGGACCAUGCUGGGAUUUAUUUAGGAGGACGGCGCCGAGGACGAGGAUGACGGGUGGGCGGAGCUCUGACGUCACACUUUUAAUGUGGUGUUUUCCGUAGCUCCGCAUUGCCGCCGUGCGCGAGCCGACGAACCGCCGCGGGCUGCCGGAAGCACCUCUACUUUCACGCUGCUCGAGUCUCCUUCCACUUCUUCCUCCUCGUCUUCCUCCUCUCUCUCUCUCCCCCCCACUCAUCUGCGCGCCGUCUUUGUCUCCAUGCGAGUCUCCCCCCCCCCACCCGCCGGACGCCAGCGCAGACAGCGGGCCUUCCUGUAGCCGACGCCCCGGCCUCGCUCGCUCGCCCUCCGGCCGGCGGAGCCUCGCAGCCGAGCCCCGCUGAGGUGGCCUGGUUCCCGGGGAGCGAUGCUGUAGAGCGGCCGGCGGAGGGGAUGCUUCAUCCGGACUGACGAGAGACCCGAAAGCCGCGGAAAGGGAAGCAGGGAGAUGUCCGGCAGGAUGCCGCUGACCCCGGUGAGCGAGAGGGAGCCCGAGCAGGUAAAGACUUCGGACGGCCUCCCCGAUCCGCCGGCGCCGCCCACCAAAUCGUCGAGCCGCCACAGUCUGCCGCCGGGCCGCGGCACGUCCGUCGCGGACGAACAGCCGCACGUCGGCAACUACCGCCUGCUGAAGACCAUCGGCAAGGGCAACUUCGCCAAAGUCAAACUGGCCAAACACACUCUGACGGGCCGAGAGGUCGCCAUCAAGAUCAUCGACAAAACACAGCUGAACCCCACCAGUCUGCAGAAGCUCUUCAGGGAGGUCAGUGUGAUGAAGAUCCUCAACCACCCGAACAUCGUGAAGCUGUUUGAAGUUAUUGAGACGGAGAAAACUCUUUACCUGGUGAUGGAGUACGCCAGUGGAGGUGAAGUCUUUGACUACCUUGUUGCUCACGGACGAAUGAAGGAGAAGGAGGCCAGAGCCAAGUUUCGCCAGAUUGUGUCUGCAGUGGAAUACUGUCACCAGAAAAGGAUCGUUCACCGGGACCUUAAGGCUGAGAACCUUCUCUUGGACACCGACAUGAACAUUAAGAUCGCAGACUUUGGCUUCAGUAACGAGUUCACGCUGGGCAGCAAGCUGGACACCUUCUGUGGAUCUCCUCCUUACGCUGCUCCCGAGCUCUUCCAGGGGAAGAAGUACGACGGGCCGGAGGUGGACGUCUGGAGUCUGGGAGUGAUUCUGUACACGCUGGUCAGCGGCUCGCUGCCCUUCGACGGACAGAACCUCAAGGAGCUCCGGGAGCGUGUUCUCAGAGGAAAGUACCGGAUUCCUUUCUACAUGUCGACGGACUGUGAGAACCUGCUGAAGAAGCUGCUGGUGCUCAACCCGGGGAAACGAGGCAGCCUGCAGCAAAUCAUGAAGGAUCGAUGGAUGAACGUCGGCUACGACGAAAAGGAAUUAAAAACGUACAACGAACCGGAGCAGGACUUCAACGACCUCAAACGCAUCGAGCUGAUGGGGACGAUGGGUUUCCCUCGAGAGGAAGUGAUGAAGGCGCUGGACGGUCAGAAGUACAACGAGGUGACGGCGAUAUACCUGCUGCUGGGGAGGAAAGCCGCCGAGUGCGAAGCCGGCGACUCUCUGUCCAGCGGUAACCUGGUUCAAAGGUCGCGACCCAGCAGCGACCUCAACGGCUCCAGUCAGUCCCCCGCUCACUCUCGCAACUCUUCGGCCAAUCAGAAGCAGCGGCGUUUCAGCGACCACGUGGCGCCCUCCAUCCCCCCACCCGUCUGCUACACCAAGCGUGGUCACGCCAACAGCGUAGAGAGCGACAGGAAGGACGAGGCGGCGUCCCCCAUACGAGCGCCGGACCGCAGGAGGUCGGCCACCGCCUCAGGGAACAUAACAAGGAGAAACACGUAUGUCCACGAGAGGACGAGCGCCGAUCGUCACUCGGUUGCUGUUUCCAACGGGAAGGACAGCAGUCUCCCCGAGGUGCCUGCUGGGUCCCCCUCCCCGUCGCCGGGGGCAACCGUCUCGUCGGCGCGUCCCCGUCAUGUCAAGUCCAUGUCGGCGUCGGGACACCCCAUGAAGUCCUGCCUGCCCCCCAUCGACGACAACGUGGAGUAUCAGAGUUCCGCCCAGCAGCCUCCUCCGUCGUCUCCCUCGACCUUCAGCGUCACCAGCAGCAGCGGCACCGCCACCCCGGACCGGACGCGCUUCCCCCGCGGCUCCUCCAGCCGCUCCACCUUCCACGGCGCUCAGCUGCGAGACCGCCGCUCGGCCACCUACAACGGCCCGCCGGCCUCGCCCAGCCUGUCCACGCACACCGCCGCCUCCCUGGCCGCGCCCCGCCGCGGCACCUCCGCCUCCCUCAUCGGGAAGAUCACCUCCAAGUUUGCACGCAGGAGCUUGUCCGGCGAGCCCAAAGAGGAGUGCCGGGAGUCCAAGCCGCGCGCCCUGCGCUUCACCUGGAGCAUGAAGACCACGUCCUCCAUGGAGCCGGGGGACAUCAUGAAGGAGAUCCGCAGGGUCCUGGACGCCAACAACUGUGACUACGAGCAGCGCGAGCGCUACUCGCUGUUCUGCGUGCACGGCGACGCGCGGCAGGACAGCCUGGUGCAGUGGGAGAUGGAGGUGUGCAAGCUGCCCCGCCUCUCGCUCAACGGCGUGCGCUUCAAGCGGAUCUCCGGCACGUCCAUCGCCUUCAAAAACAUCGCCUCCAAAGUGGCCAACGAGCUCAGGCUGUGAACCCCGACCCCCCCCCCCC